AUGGCGGCCAACGAUCAGAUGGACAUUGAGGUUGCCGAGCAGAAGCUCAAGAGCAUGGAUCACGCCGAGCAGCACUACUUCAACAGCUAUAACCACCAUGUUCGCCUCGUGGCCGUUCAUAGUCUGGCUGUUGCUAACCUGGAUUUGUUGCGCAACAAAGGCAUUCACGAGGAGAUGUUGAAGGACGAGGUCAGAACCAAGUCGUACAUGCACUCUAUCGUCCAGAACAAGCACCUUUUUAAGGACAAGAUCGUUCUCGAUGUCGGUUGCGGUACUGGUAUCCUCUCCAUGUUUGCCGCUAAGGCCGGCGCCAAGCACGUUAUCGGUGUUGACAUGUCCACCAUCAUCUUCAAGGCUCGUGAGAUUGUCAAGGUCAACGGCCUCUCCGACAAGAUCACCCUGAUCCAGGGCAAGAUGGAGGAGAUCGAGCUUCCCUUCCCCAAGGUUGACAUCAUCAUCUCGGAGUGGAUGGGCUAUUUCCUCCUCUACGAGUCCAUGUUGGACACUGUCCUCUACGCCCGUGACCGUUACCUGGCUCCCGGCGGUCUCAUCUUCCCCGACAAGGCUACCAUCUUCAUUGCUGGUAUCGAAGAUGGUGACUACAAGGAUGAGAAGAUUGGCUUCUGGGACAACGUCUACGGAUUCGAUUACAGCCCUCUCAAGGAGACUGCUCUUUCCGAGCCCCUUGUCGACACUGUUGACGUCAAGACCGUCGUCACUGACCCCGUCAACAUCUUGACUCUCGACCUUUACACUUGCACCACUGCCGACCUGGCUUUCAAGUCCAACUUCGAGCUCGUCGCCAGACGCGAUGACUUCAUCCACGCCCUUGUCGCCUGGUUCGACAUUGACUUCACCGCCUGCCACAAGCCCAUCCGCUUCUCGACCGGUCCCCACACCCAGUACACUCACUGGAAGCAGACCGUCUUCUACCUCAAGGACGUCCUCACCGUCCAGCAGGGCGAGAAGGUUCAGUGCUCGCUCCACAACCGCCCCAACCAGAAGAACAAGCGUGAUCUUGAUAUCACCAUCGAUUACAAGUUCGAGAACCAAGACCCCACGAGGCAGGCUGAGGGCAGGUGCUUGUACAAGAUGUGCUAG